CACGCAGCGUCCACGUAAAGUCCUUUUAAUGAGAUUUUUUUAAAGAAAUGAAACGAUAGCGGUAACAUAAUGAUAAAGCAGCAUGAAUAAUCACUGCUCCGUCUCAGGACUAAGACCUCGAACGCAUUUGAGUCUCAAAAAGAAGAGGUCCAAGGUUAAAAGUUGGGUUCAGAAGUCAGGAGAGAGUUAGCGAAGGAGUUUGGAAAUGGAUAAACGCUGCAAUGGCCAACAGACGCGAUCUCUAACUUCACAGUUCAGAGAUUCUACAUACAGAGCCCUGACUUUACUGCGAAGGAAGGCGAAACAGCAGCAAAUAGCGGAACUGGAGGCGAAGGAGGCCUGUGAGUGGCUCCGAGCGGCUGGAUUUCCUCAGUAUGCUCAGCUCUAUGAAGCCUCUCUGUUCCCCAUUGAGGUCUCUGCUGUGAGGAGAGACCAUGAGUUUCUGGAUCAGGACUCUCUCAAGGCAUUAUGCAGGAGGCUAACGACCCUGAACAAAUGUGCUGCGAUGAGCUUAGAGGUUCAUUUUCAUUGUAAACAGCAGAGUGAGGACUCAGAGGAGGAUGACGCAUGUGCCCUUAGCUCCCGCUGGGCUUUUCAGCGUGAGAGUAAAACUUGGUCCCGUCUCCGCACUCUCUCACCCACCCUUGUCCCCCCUGGCAACCGGGCCUCGACCUUAAGACCCUCGGGUAGUAGCGAUAGUGUGCUGAGUGACAUCAGUCUCCUAGAAGUCACCUCACUGACCUCUGACCUCAGUGCUAGCAGCUUGAGCUUAGACAGUGCCCGGGAAACAACUUCUCCAGAGGUUGUGGCUUACAGUGACGUCACGGUGGGUGAAGGUGCAUCGUCAGUUUGCGUCCCACCUGGCCAAGAUGAGAACGAUGACACCGGAUCGUCAUCUUCCCUGCCGUCUGUAAGAGAGAAGCCGAAGCGCCCUUCUAGAUCAUUUUUACGAAGGAAAGAAUCAAUAAAGAAGCGGGAUAGUGAGAGAGAGAAAGUCCCAAAGAGCAUUUCAACAGUAACUCGACAUCAGACACCCUCAGGUCUGCACUGCACAUCCGAUGCAAGUUUGCCUGGACAAACCGCAAAUAAGUUCAGAAACACCAAAGAUGAGGAAUGGAGAUCACAUACAAUAUGCCGCAGUAAUGUUAGCCAGAAAUCCACUUUGCACAAGCCUCACAGAGCGUGCCUAUACCUGGAGGACUACCAGUUAACUUGGGAGAUGCCAAAGUUAACCAAUCAUAACAACAGUAAAAGGAAAGAGGAUCGUGUGGUCCACCUCCCUUAUGAUCACAAGCCUGGAACCUUCCCCAAAUCUCUGUCAAUCGAAAGUCUCUGUCUGGUCUCUGUUUCUCAAAGCCCUGAACAUAGUGACUGGGCAGGAGAAGAUGGAGACCUUUCAUUGGAUGAAAGCGUUAGUCGCAGUGGGUCGCAAGAUUUUCUUUCAGGUUUUGGGAGGAAAAUGAUUUCUAUGGGCUCAAUUGGAAGCAUUUACGACAAUGUUUCAGAGACACCGGGCAACCCAUGCGACAUUUUCGACCCUGGAAAAGAGAAAGCCUUCCAGCACCUGGACGACAUUCUACAGCACGUACACGGGCUACAGCAUAACAUCGACGAAUGGUCGCGCUCGCUCGGCAUUCUGCCGCAAGACCAAUCCAAUGCGGAGACUGCAUCCACAGCUGACACAACAUUACCCAGCAGUCUGAACUAUGAUGAGCAAUCCAUGUCAGAUGUUGGGACGACAGUGAGCGAUUACGAUAGUACAGGAAACUCAGUGAAUGAGGGAGAAGGAGAAGGAGGAAUGAGAGAGAGGAGGGACUCAGGGGUGGGAGCAUCGCUCACGAGACCCAGCAGAAAGUUGCGUUGGCACAGUUUCCAAAACUCUCAUCGUCCGAGCGUGACUUCUGCGUCUUUAGAAAUCAACAGGCAGUCGGCCGCCCAACUCAACCUGCUGCAAAAAUUCAGCCUCUUGCGACUGACCGCCAUCCUAGAGAAACACACGGACACCAGCAAACAUGGCUGGAACUGGGUGGUUCCAAAGUUUAUGAAGCGUUCCAAAGUUCCAGAUUACAAAGAUAAACAUGUGUUUGGCGUUCCGCCUAUAGUAAACGUCCAGCGAACUGGUCAGCCCCUGCCUCAGAGCAUCCAGCAGGCGAUGAGAUAUCUACGCAGCCAGUGUCUGGAGAAGGUGGGAAUAUUCCGCAAAUCAGGGGUUAAAUCCCGGAUCCAGGCCCUCAGACAGCUCAAUGAGAAUUCCCCCGAUCAUGUGACCUACCAGGGUCAAUCAGCCUAUGAUGUGGCUGACCUGAUUAAACAGUACUUUAGAGAUCUGCCUGAACCUGUGCUCACGUCCAAGCUUACAGACACUUUUCUACAUGCGUAUCAGUUCGUUCCAGCAGAGCAGCGUUUACAGGCCGUACAGGCAGCCGUGAUCCUGCUGCCUGAUGAGAACAGAGAGGUUCUACAGACGUUGCUCUAUUUCCUCAGUGAUAUUGCAUCUGCGCAGGAAAACCAGAUGACUGCGGAGAGUCUGGCUGUCUGUCUCGCACCCUCCAUACUGCACCUGAAUGCCUCCAAGAAAGAUGGAGCUUCACCAAGGCUCAUGACCAGGAGAGGCGGAGACAAGCCUGUCCAAAAGGACUUAAGUGAGAACAUGGCUGCCACACAUUGCCUUAGUCACUUGAUCACGGAAUGCAAGAAACUGUUCCAGAUCCCGCAUGAAAUGAUGCUUCAGUCUAGGAAUUCUUAUGUGGCAGCUGAUGCCCAGCCAUUGCCUCUGCACGGGUUCGGGGUGAAUGCCCUGGGCGAGCCUGUGGAUUAUAGGGCGUAUCUGGAAGACAACAUUCAGUGUCUUCUCAGAGAGGCAUCUGAGCGGAGUAAAGGCUGGCAUCAUGCCCAUGGACCCGACAACACUGAACUGGCUUAUAAAAAGGUAGGAGAUGGGCAGCCAAUGCGUCUAUGGCGUGUUUCGGUAGAAAUAGAGGCCCCUCCUGCUGUGGUGCUGCAGCGUGUUCUGCGAGAGCGCCACCUGUGGGAUGAAGAUCUUCUACACAGUCGAGUCAUUGAGACUUUGGAAAAUAACACUGAGGUUUUCCAUUACAUCACAGACAGCAUGGCUCCACAUCCACGGAGAAAUUUCAUAGUGCUCAGACGUUGGUGUAGCGAUCUUCCAAAGGGGCUCUGCGUUCUGGUGUCCUCCUCUGUGGACCAUGAUAACGUCCAGGUGGAGGCAGGGUUACGGGCUGUGCUUCUGACAUCACGCAUCUUCAUUGAGCCGUGUGGAAUGGGGCGGUCCCGGCUCACACACUACUGCAGAGCUGAUCUACGGGGGCGCUCUCCUGAUUGGUAUAACAAAGUGUUCGGCCAUCUGUGUGCGAUGGAGCUUGCCAGAAUACGCAGUUCUUUCCCAGUUCUAACAGCACGAGGACCUGAAACCAAACUCUAAACCCACUUGGGUUAAAUCUGAGACUACUUUGUUGGAGAAAGAAUAAGAAUUAUGAGAGUGCAGGUGUAAAACAAAGAUGGCCGCGCAAGUCGAAAGGUGGAAAGUAAGAACAGUAGAUAAUGUUUGAAUGACAAAGAACAGUACUGAGUAGUAUAGAAGUUGGACUAUGCAAAAAAAAAAAAAAUCAAGCCCAUUGUGGUUUUAAAAGCCAUGGAUGAUUAAUGUGAAAAAGCUCACGCUCACAAUCACACUGUUGAUACCCCUUCUAAUCUUGAAUGUGUUUUGUUUGUGUAAUUGUUUAUAUUGGUUUUUGUUAAGCAGUGUCUCGACACACAUCUGGUAUGCCUUAAAAAUUUUGUCUAAUAAUCCAGUGUGGUCUGGAGACCUCUCAUUCAUUCUCAGGGUAAAUGUAAACAAGUGUUGCUUUUUCACUUGCACAGGAAUUUUGUCACGUGGGAAUGAUAAUGACCAGUUGGCAAAGAGAAGCAGCCAAACAUUCAUAACAUCAUAAUGACAUGUGAUGUGCUUGUUAUAAGCUCCAUGUGUACUUUGUAUUCUGUAGGACAUUUAGUUUUUGCCAUUGAAAUGACUAGGAACAAGUCAACCCAAAUUCACCCUACAUCAUUCUUCCAAAGCGACCCCCCCCCCACCCCACCCCAUAUGUUUAAUUUAUUUGCGUCAGCCAUUUGAAUGUGGCAAACUUCAUUUGUGAAGUUUUAAUAACUUAACGUCUGCAUGGAAUCCAUGGGAAUGAUAUUCAAGAGGCCUUCUUAAUACAGCUU